CUUAGCUCUGGUAGGUCCAUAAUGGUACAGCCAGCAUCUUGCAGCACAAUGGUUGCAAGGUGGUGAGCUGGGGGAGAGUGAUUCAGCAUCAACAAACCGGUUCUUUUCACCUCAGCUUUUUUUUUUACUUUCUUCAUCAUCUCCUUUUUUAUUUUUUAUUUUUAUUUUUUAUUUUUUUGUAUUAUUUACCCCCUUUCGUCAUCCGUAUGAACGGCUUCAUUACGCCUUCAGCGAUGGUCGCCGCAAUGUUUCUCGUCGGGAUGUUUUGAAAAGGACUGGCACCGGACUGGGAUCGUCAUCAGCUGGCACGGAAUGGUAUUUAUGAGCAGACAUUUCUUAUAUAACUGCAGCCAACCAGUCCUGGAUGUAAAGAUAGCCUUUUGUCAGGUGUGUGUUCCUUACAGGUAAAAAAGGGUUUUGGAAAACAAGUGGAUGUUUCAUAUAUUGCCAAACAUUACAACAUGAGUAAAAGCAAAGUGGACAACCAGUUCUACAGUGUGGAAGUGGGCGACUCCACCUUCACAGUUUUAAAACGUUACCAGAAUUUAAAGCCCAUUGGCUCUGGAGCUCAGGGAAUUGUCUGUGCGGGCUAUGAUGCUGUCCUGGACAGGAAUGUAGCCAUUAAAAAGCUGAGCAGACCCUUCCAGAACCAGACCCAUGCCAAGAGGGCAUACCGGGAGUUGGUGCUCAUGAAAUGCGUCAAUCACAAAAAUAUAAUCAGUUUAUUAAAUGUCUUCACACCACAGAAAUCAUUAGAGGAAUUCCAAGAUGUGUACCUAGUGAUGGAGCUUAUGGAUGCCAACUUGUGUCAGGUGAUUCAGAUGGAGCUUGACCAUGAGAGAAUGUCCUACCUGCUCUACCAGAUGCUGUGUGGCAUCAAACAUCUGCACUCAGCCGGCAUAAUUCACAGGGAUCUCAAACCAAGCAAUAUAGUGGUGAAGUCAGAUUGCACCCUGAAGAUUCUGGACUUUGGUCUUGCCAGGACUGCAGGUACCAGUUUCAUGAUGACCCCGUAUGUGGUGACACGAUACUACAGAGCCCCAGAGGUCAUCCUGGGAAUGGGAUACAAAGAGAAUGUGGAUAUUUGGUCGGUGGGGUGCAUUAUGGGAGAAAUGGUGCGCCACAAAAUCCUUUUCCCUGGUCGGGACUACAUUGACCAGUGGAACAAGGUGAUUGAGCAGCUGGGCACACCCUCACCAGAGUUCAUGAAGAAGCUCCAACCCACAGUGAGGAACUAUGUUGAGAACCGGCCAAAGUAUGCAGGCCUCACCUUUCCCAAGCUCUUCCCCGACUGCCUUUUUCCUGCUGACUCUGAGCACAACAAACUCAAAGCAAGCCAAGCCAGAGACCUCCUGUCUAAGAUGCUGAUCAUUGACCCUGCUAAACGGAUAUCAGUGGACGAGGCCUUACAGCACCCCUACAUCAAUGUGUGGUACGAUCCAGCUGAGGUGGAGGCGAUGAAGGACAGAGAUCUCUUCCAAAUAUCCAUGCCUCCACCUCAGAUCUACGACAAGCAGCUGGAUGAACGAGAACACUCCAUUGAAGAGUGGAAAGAACUAAUCUACAAAGAGGUGAUGAACUUUGAGGAGAGAACGAAGAAUGGCGUUGUGAAGGGACAACCUUCACCUUCAGGUGCAGCCGUGAACAGCAGCGAUAGCCUCCCUCCCUCCUCCUCCAUCAACGACAUCUCCUCCAUGUCUACCGACCAGACCCUGGCCUCAGACACUGACAGCAGCCUGGAGACCUCUGCGGGACCCUUGGGGUGUUGCAGGUGACUAGCCGCCUGCCUGCGCAACCCUAUGUUCUUCCAAAGGUGAAGAACUCAAUCCAUAUGACCAACAAAAAACAUAAUAAUAGUAAAAAAAAGGAUAAAUAAAUAAUAAAAAGAAACAAAAAAAAUAGAAGAAAAAAAAAGUAAAGAUAAAAUUAAAAUAUUCUGAACAAAAAGAUGAUCUAUGGACACAGAAUCUAAAAUGAUGAAAUUUAAAGCCUGUGCAUUGUCAUUCAAAAACAGCAGUGGUAAUUAAACAGAAGUAAAUGAGCUGAGAUAUGUUAAUGAUCCUCUAGUUGCUUUGCUUAUAUAACCCCACAUAUCUUGUAUAUGGCAUCCAAACUAAAAUGACCAAGUGCUUAGACUUGCAUCUCCUGUAAAGUGCAUAUUGGCUGGCUGCUGUCCUCCUGAUUCCUUCCAGAAGCAUUUAUGCACUGAUCAUUGUGGCAAGGUGGGCGUCCAUUGUGCUCAUAAUUAUUAAAAACAAACUUUCUACUCUUUUGGUGUUCAGCUCUGAUUUAAUGAUAUUGCUGCAUUUUCAACUCGAGGCUUUCUCCCUCAUAAAACACAAUCUCAAAUGUAAGGCUGCUUAAUUUGUGUUUUUAUGUUGUAAACCUGCAGGGACAUGUAGUCGCUUUCACCUACAGCGUUGUAAAUACUGUAAUACUGUACAGCAGUAAGGGCAGAUGGAGUGGGACUGACGGCCAGUACACUGGGAUUUUUAUUUUUUAUUUAUUUUUUCUAAUUUUGCUGAACAGAGCACACCUUGCCACAUCACCAAUUUCCACCUCGGUUGCCCCUGUAUAUCGCUGUAGUCCUGCAUGAUUAGAUUUAAACAGCGCUAAUCUCUCACUGUAUGCUAAAAAGAGUCUGUAUAGAGACUUUUGUUUAUGUACCAUGUAAACUAACUCAACUCCAGACAUGUGGGGUUGUGUCUGGUCACAGUAAGACAUGUGAGCGUGUAAGUGUGUGUGUUGGUGAAGCACAGGCAAGCCAAAAAGAUUUAAUAUCAGGCUUGAGUUCAGGACUUAAGGGGUGAGUACAUGUAGAAAUACAUCAUUUUGAUUGUGCUCAGACUUCCCAAGAGGAGUCUGAUUUGUGAAUAAUUUCCCUUUUAUUUCCUUUGGCAGUGUAUGAGCAGCCCCUCCUCAACCCCAUGGGCUGACCCACAGCCCUGCAUGUCAUUGUGCACCAUUAACCCUCAUAAGCAAAGGAGGUAUAUAUUUUUUAGUGUGGUAUGACCACAAACAUACCUCUCUCUAUUUGUUUGACUCUUUAAACACUUUUUGAACAAAACAUUAGUGAUACAGUGGAGAAUUUAGACGCGGAUGAGGAGUGUUAACUUCGUAGCAAAGAUUUCUUGAUCAGUAAAACUGUGCAUCUUGUUGCUACAUACCACACAAUCUUAUAUCAUAAAAAUGCAACUGCCUGAUUUCUCAGCUGAAUGACUCACCUAAUUAUUUAUUUUGAUAGAUGGAACCUGAAUAUGGCAAGUGCCUUUUGGAAUGAAGCAUGCAGAUGCAGAAACUAUAUUAAUUUUAGUUUUUUGGGGGUAGAAUCUCCUCAACUUCUCCUCUCUCUGCCUUAAAACUGUCCUUAAAAUGUCCCCAAACUGUAAAGUUAAGUGGAAAGUAGUGAGGAAAAACAGAUUUCCUCAAAUUAUUUGGCUUGAUUUGAUUUAAUUUCUCUGGCUAGAGAAUUCUAGCAGAAUUUAUCUCUGUGUGAGCAAAUUUUCUCCUGCUGAGCCAAAGUGCAGGCACAGAUAUUUUGCAUGCACAGGCUUAUAGCAGACAUACGGUGCAAUUUCUCUCACUGAAAUAUUCAGAUAUUGUCGGUUACUUUAGAUUACAGCUAACAUAGAACCAUUUAAACUUAUCAUUUCCAAAGUCCUCCCCUACGUCUGGAAAAAGAUGCCCACAUGUAUAAAAAGGCCAGCCAGUGAUGGGUGUACUGGUAGAGAAGUCACAAGUUUGAAAAUUCACUUAAACUAUUUUCACUGUAUGUGAUGAAUUUAUAACUAUCAGCUUAAUUGGGAAGAACAAAUUAAAUGGAUAACUCCCUUCUAACAGGCAUAGUUAGCAGAAAUAAUUGAAUUACUUGAGUCAUCAUGUUGUAACUCAUGACAGUGACGAAUGUGCUUACAUUUAAUGAAACAUGCAAGUGUCUGUGUUUUAGAACAGCAUGAAAACACCAUUUACCUGAAGCCAUUUCUGUGACUAACGUUAUUUUUCCUACUUGUGCAUGUGGCCACUUGUUAGUUAUAAAUCCUUAAGCUCAAACAUGAUGGUAAUAAGAAGAGGAGGCAGGACUGUUAAGACAUAUCAGUCAGUCUGGACAGUUCAGCUGUGGUCUGGUUGUUGCAGAUAUAUAGAUGCAAUCUAUGAAAGUCCUCCCCACAUGAUACACCUUAAGAAAGCUACUUUGUUAACACUCUUUCAGCCUGCGGCUCGUGCAUAGUACAGGAACUACACACAGACUAACAGUACCGUCACAGAGCUAAGAGGGUGACUGAGGUUGGCGUCUCCAGAAUAAGCUACGGCUAGCUUGGCUUUCUGUUCAGGGUCUGGCCAGGGCAAUCUUUAAAAAACAAAACAAAACAAACAAAAAAACAGGGUGCAGCUUUUAAAUUCUUUGUGUUUUAAAAAUGUUCUGGUGAUUUCUCACAAAGCGGGUCCAAAGCUUGUAUCGGAUCCUACACCACAAAAUACACAUAAAUGUUACAGUUUUUCUACAGGGCAUUUUGAACCAUGUAAACACACUCUUCUGUCCGUAUCUUGACAUGUUCCUGAUCACUGAAUAGAAAUAUUGACACAUAAUAAUGUCUUUUUUUUUCUUUCUGAAUGUGAACUGUUGAUCUUUUUUAUAAGACAUCCCUCCAGACAAUUCUGUUGUGAUAAAAGGUGCUUUUGGUCCUGGUUAAUGCGCCUGAAAUAGAAGAAUCUAACACACAAACAGCUGGGUUGUCAGCACUGAAUGUAGAAAUGAAUGGUUUCACAGUGAAGCAUGCCAUUGCGACUCUGCUCAUCAGUGUGUGUGUUCUUAAAAUUAACCAGCAUUCAGCACAAAUGCUCAUUUAAUGAUCAGGCAUCUGUACUGACUUUCUAGUACAUGUCCGUAAGACUUUUGUGCGAUUGCUUUGAAGAAUGUUGUUGGAGAGUCGGCAUAGUUGUGGGUUUGGAAGUUGUUCAUGUGUUUAUUGAUGUUCAGUCACAUUAACCACUGAAUAAGAAAAGUCAACUAUCAAUCCUGCUCCUAAUUUUUGUCAAGAAGAUCUUGAUGUGAUCUCUUGUGUUUUCAAGAUUCGUAAAAAUUAAUGUAUUUCAGCCAUUUAUUUAUAAUCUGAGGAUGACUGGUUUGUCAUUUAGCCAUAAUUUUAUUGCCAAUAUGAAAAAAAAAUGACUACAUGUCACAUGUUAGGAUAUGUCUUGUACUAUAAAUCUUUGGACUCAGUACUAGUGAUCCCCAACUUGUUGAUUUUCACCUCUUUCUCUCAAGUUAUAUUGUAAAUAAUAACAAUCCAACAAUGCAAUAAUAUUUUAUUGCACUCAGACAGGGAGGCAAGCUACUGCAAGGGUCAGAUGAUGCUAAAAUGUUUUAAAGUGUUCAAUGUAGAACUCUAUGAUGACUGAAACCCUGUAUAGCUCAUCUGAAUCAGGUGAUGUUGUUCUUCAGUUUUUUUCCGACUCCUUCUCUCUUGUUUCUUUUACUCUGUGCUGUUUUAAUGAAUCAUUCUUUUGACAUUGUCAGGUUGGAAAAAAGAAAAAAAAAAAGAAACUAUCUGUUUCACGCUGAUCUCAAGCUUCAGCCUAUAGCGUUUCAAGUAAAAGUCAAAACAAAUGCAAAUUAAAAAGAAAAAAAAUACUGAAAGCUGUUACUGUAAACACAACAUUUUAAAGGAACUGUGUAUGUACAAAUAGUAUAUGUAUGUGAUUGAAAAUAAACAAAACCUUUGAUCUUG